AUGUCGAGCGCCAAGGUCAAGACCAACCAGCUCUGGGGAAAGAGCAAGGAUGAUCUCUCCAAGCAACUCGAUGAGUUGAAGACUGAACUCGGUCAGCUCCGUGUUCAGAAGAUCUCCCAGGGUGCUUCCUCCAAGUUGAACAGAAUCCACGAUGUUCGCAAGUCGAUUGCCCGCAUCUUGACCGUCAUCAAGGCCAACCAGCGCGCUCAACUCCGCCUGUUCUACAAGAGCAAGAAGUACCUCCCUCUCGACCUCCGACCAAAGCACACCCGUGCCAUCCGUCGACGACUCACCAAGAACGAGGCUUCUCUCAUCACCGAGAAGCAGCGCAAGAAGAACGUGCACUUCCCCCAGCGGAAGUAUGCUGUCAAGGCUUAA